UUGUACAGUUUCAUUUCCUUAGGAUUCAUUUCUUCCUUGGAACAAAUGCAGAAUAGGGACUCAGAUGUGCAUAUCCUGUUAUAAUCUGAAAUAGGUGUGAUGUGGUGGUAAUGUUUCAAUGAUUACAAGAGAUCAACGUCGCAUUUAUGACCCUGGUGGAGGCAAUCUUGCCCUUGUAGUCAGCAGUAUAGAUGGAUUCAGCAGCUCAGCAGCAGAAAGAAGAACAUACAGUGCUAUCAGAGAAGUUAGAAGAAACCAGUCUAGGUAAAGGGCAUUUGCUUGAUGUGUCUAAAGCAGAGGCUUUAAAGCUGAGACUCAGAGUAGUAGAACUGACAAAGGAUAAUGAAGCACUGAGGGGUUUAAAGCUGCCAUCUGCAGACAGAAGUGAAUCAGAGCAAACUGAUGUGCAAGGUGCUGCUUAUCCUGAAUCGUCAAGAGCCACUGGCGAAGAGCAAAAUGAACACCUGCUGUCAUUCCACACUGAACCAAAGCCACAAUCCAGUGGAUCUUCAUCUGAGUUUGAAGUGGUUUCACCAGUUGAGCAGAAAAAGUCUGAUGGUAAGAAAAUGGACUUUGCCCAGGAACUACAGAAUGAGGAUAUCAACUUGUCUCUUCAUCUCCAGCGGCUAGAAAACAUUAUGGGCAUGUUUGCGAAAGAGUCUGAUACAUCCCAGCUUUUAUCUCCCCUUGGUAUGAUGAUCCUAGAAUUCAGUCGCUUGUCUAAUAAAGUUCAGAAAAUUGAACAUAGAACAGCAAUACUGCAGACACUUUGUGAACAGCUAAGGAAAGAAAAUGAAGACCUUCGAAAGAAACUGGAGUCUGAUAUUGAGCAGAGAAAUCUUGUAGUUGAAAAACUCAGACAGGAGAAUGUGGAGCUGAAGAAAAUUUUAACAACAGAUACAAAAGAAAAGCCUGUACUCGAGGGAGGUGACCUACAGCAGAACACUAGAGUCACAGAAAAAGUGCAACUGACCCGAAAUAAAGCUGCCACAGAUAUGUAUGAGAGAAAAAUAAAGGAGCUAGAGCAUCAGCGUGUUGAGUUACUGGAAGUGAACAAGCAGUGGGAUCGCCAGUUUCGUGCUGCAAAGCAACUAUAUGAACAGAAAAUCACAGAACUUAGGCAGAGGCUGGCUGAGUCUCAGAAGGUUGUCAGUGAGUUGGAAGCAGAACGUGAACAGAAGCAGAGAGAUUUUGAUCGCAAGUUACUUCUAGCAAAGUCAAAGAUUGAGAAUGAAGAGGGUGAAAAAGAGAAAAUGGUAUUAGAAGUGAAUGAAUUGAAGCAGAAGGUUAAGUUUCUUCAAGAUCAGAUUGGCCCUCUCAGUAAGCAGAGAGAUUACCAGGAAAAGGAGAUCCUUCGUCUAAACAAAGCUCUUGAACGAGCUUUGCAUGUGCAGCCUUCUGCACCCCAAACCCCUGUAUUUGGUAACCUGGAGGACACAGGCAUGGCUGCAAGACGGCAGGACCUUCUAACCCAGAUUGAAGUACUCAGUCAGCAGGUAAAAAUUUUUGAAGAAGAUUUUCAGAAAGAAAGGAGUGAUCGUGAGAGAAUGCAUGAGGAAAAGGAAGAACUAAAGAAAGAACUGAAGAAAAUGCAGUCAAAAAUAUCUGUGAUGAAUACUCAGGGUCCAGAAGAGAGAAUGCCUAUUGAACCACAUCCAGGACCAGUUUGUCCACCAUAUCAACCACUUAGCCCACCAGUUCUUCUUCCUAUGUACCAUGGAUAUGAAGACUGGCCUGUACGGUAUCCACCCAGUGCUAUGCCAGACACUCGGGUCCAGAACAGGAAUUUCAUGAAUUUGCCACCACCUGAAUAUCCUUGGCACCCACAGUUCCCGCCUGCUACAAAUUUACCAUUACAAGGAGUGGACUCUUCAAGGCAAAUAAACAAAGAACAGGAACCUGUGGCUCCUGGGAUAGGUAAAACACAGAGGUAGAGACAUCCCUGUUUGCUGAUUAUUUUUGGUACCUUCAAAAGAUCAUUUUACCUCAUACCCAGAAAGAACACCACACAGUUGUGCACUGCAACAGUUUGUCUGAAAUUUCUAUUUAGUAAAAUGAAUUUUUGUAAACAUACUAUUUUAUUAAAGUUAUGGAAUGCAUUACCUAAUUAACUAUCAAGCCUACUAUGACACUGACCUUAGUAUUUAACGUUUCAAAAAGAAAACCAUAAGAAGUUGAGAAUUUGUUUUAUGUACCAGGAUUUGAAAACCCAGAGUACAAUGUCACAUUUUUAUUUCCUCAGAACUUGUUUCAAAAUAUAUAAAAUAUAAUUAAAAAGAAUUAGCGCUAA